AUGACGGCUGCAGAAAGCGGGGAUGAUUAUGUGGAGGAAAUUGGCGAAAAGAAUCUUUCGAACAGGCAUAGCGAUCGUUUGGCGUGCUCGGCGCCCAUUGCGGAGCUCAGAUUCAAGUAUCAACUCUUAGACUGCGGUAGAAUCGAUUCAGACACUUUCGAUUGGGACAUGUCCAGAGCGGAAUGUACCCUCAUUCGACGCUCACCGCACCUCAUUCCACACGCCCCACACCGCACCGCACCUCAUUCCACGUGCACCGCAUCGCACCUGACCUCAUCCCACGCGCACCUCACCGCUCCUCAUGCCACGCGCACCGCACAGCACCGCACCUCAUUCCAUGCGCACCGCACCGCACCUCAUUCCACGUGCACCGCACCGCACCGCACCCGAUUCCAUGCGCACCUCACCGCAUUCCACAUGCACCGCACCGCACCUCACGCACCGCAUCACACCGCACCUCAUCCCGCGUGCACUGCACCGCACCGCACCUCAUGCCAUGCGCACCGCACAGCACUGCACCUCAUUCCACGCGCACUGCACCACACCAUACCUCAUUCCACACCAUGCGCACCGCACAGCACCGCAACUCAUUCCACGCGCACCGCACCUCAUUCCACUCUCACCGCACCUCAUUCCACGCACACCACACCUCAUUUCACUCGCACCGCACCUCAUUCCACGCGCGCCGCACCUCAUUCCACGCGCGCCGCACCUCAUUCCACGCACACUGCACCGCACCACACCUCAUUCCACGCGCACCGCACCUCAUUCCACGCGCACCAACGUGUGACCUGA